GUUCACUUAUUUUGACCGGAGCUCCACUUUGCUUUCCCCUCUAUAUAACUCUUUCCACCCUCCCUCUCUCUCCUCAUCCUAUCCCUUCUCUCUGCUUAACCCUGUCUGUCUUCUGUUCCUCAAAGCUCGGUUCUUUUCUCUGUUUUCCUCUGUUUUUUGCAAUGGCUGAGCAGCAGACACCAUUAAAGCGCCAAAGAGAUGAAACCCAGAGUUCCCAGGGCUCGGAAGAACAUGUAGUCGAAGAGUCGAAACGCCACAAGUCAUACAAUCACAUACUCUCCUUGCUCGAAGCGGAAGAGGACGAGCCAAACCAAGACUUGUCUUCUCUUAUCACAACUCUUCAGCAAGAACUCUCUUCUGACUCUGUCCUAGAUGACCCUCUUCCUUGCCCAACGGCAACGACUUUAGGAGCUGACCGAGAAAACCAGCUCACGAGAGCAGCAGGCACGAACACCACCACAACCACCACCACCACCACCUUGGAAGACUACACUUCGGCAACAUCUUCCUUGAAAGAAGACGAGGACCAGGAUGAUAAAGAGAGGGUCAUUAGGCAUUUGCUCGAAGCUUCUGAUGAUGAGCUCGGGAUCCCAAACAGAGAAGGAGGCGAUGGUCUUGGUGUUGAAGUUGUUGAGUAUGAAGAACGUUUUAACAAUGUUGGAAAUGGUUUUGCUUUCUCUGAUGGGUUGUGGGAGCUUGAAGAUGAGGCUGCUAAUUACUAUACUUUGUUGCAGUCUGAACUUUUCAUGUAGCAAAAAAAAAAAGGAAUGAAAUUAGUUAGCAGAAACAAAUGGUAGGGUAAAAAAGUAGAAACAAGGAAAAGUAUGGGGAGUGUGGGAGAAAAUUGAAAAAAUGAAGGCUUUUUUUUGGGUUAAUUCAUUUUGGAACCCCCCACCCUUUGAAAAUUUCAAAAAUCCCCCUCUGUUUCUUUUCUUCUUUAGAAAAUGGAAAUUGUAGAAAAAAAAGGAAGAAGAUAAAUUCAUAUUAUUUUGCCCCAAAUGUUCUCAACAUUCAUGAUUCAUUGGUCCGGAAAAGGGGAAAAUUUAAAGAAUAAAA